GUGCGGAAGGGAGUCAUACAGCCGUUGUAUCCUCUCCUGUGGCAAGUCGGCCCACAGCUGCUGUAACUGGCCUUCGAGAUCCUGCAGAUUGGCACUGGGUCUGAGUUGACAUCCAAGCUGAUCCCACACAUGUUCGAUUGGGGAAAGAUUGGGGGACCUGGCUGGUCACGGGAGGAGCUCAACAUGACGCAGGCAGUCCAUAGACACACGUGCUGGGUGUGGACGAGCAUUGUUUUGUUGACAAUACCGGGGUGGUGUCUCAGGAGGGGUAAGACAUGCAGAUGCAGGAUGUCAUUGACAUAGCACUGCACCAUUAGGGUCCCCUGAAUCACUACCAGAGAUGACCUGAAGUCAUACCCUAUGGCUCCCCACACCAUGAAGUCAUACCCUAUGGCUCCCCACAACAUGAUGUCAUACCCUAUGGCUCCCCACACCUUGAUGUCAUCCCCUAUGGCUCCCCACACCAUGAUGUCAUCCCCUAUGGCUCCCCACACCUUGAUGUCAUACCCUAUGGCUCCCCACACCAUGAUGUCAUACCCUAUGGCUCCCCACACCUUGAUGUCAUACCCAGUGGCUCCCCACACCAUGAUGUCAUACCCUAUGGCUCCCCACACCUUGAUGUCAUACCCUAUGGCUCCCAACACCAUGAAGUCAUACCCUAUGGCUCCCCACACCAUGAUGUCAUACCCUAUGGCUCCCCACACCUUGAUGUCAUACCCUAUGGCUCCCCACACCAUGAUGUCAUACCCAGUGGCUCCCCACACCAUGAUGUCAUACCCUAUGGCUCCCCACACCAUGAAGUCAUACCCUAUGGCUCCCCACACCAUGAAGUCAUACCCUAUGGCUCCCCACACCAUGAUGUCAUACCCUAUGGCUCCCCACACCAUGAAGUCAUACCCUAUGGCUCCCCACACCAUGAAGUCAUACCCUAUGGCUCCCCACAACAUGAUGUCAUACCCUAUGGCUCCCCACACCUUGAUGUCAUACCCUAUGACUCCCCACACCAUGAUGUCAUACCCUAUGACUCCCCACACCAUGAUGUCAUACCCUAUGGCUCCCCACACCAUGAUGUCAUACCCUAUGGCUCCCCACACCAUGAUGCCAGGUGUAACGCCGGUGUGUCUCUCCUCAAGAUUGACCCCUCCCCUCGGCACCACCAUACGCACACACAAUGGUCAUGCCACCCAGUUAUGGCACCAAUCCAAAUUUCGCCAUCUGUACUGGUGUUAAAGGCAGCCUAUACAUGUGACAGUGAACCUGUAGUCCGGUUGAUGCCAGUCAUCGAGACACAAUGCGGGAUGACAAGGGGGGUUGUGUAGAGUCCAAUGUCUGUGUCCAGAUGACAGGCGCAGAUGUCAUUUUUGUAAUGCUUAGCGCGCAAGGCAACAUUCCUCCCUUGGUGUGGUCUGUCUUGGGCGACCGGAACCUUCACGACAUGCAUGGGUGCCCUCAUGUACCUAUUGAUUCCAACAUCAGACAACUGUGACAUCUGCAUGCCCCACAUACCGAGCAAUUGCACAAUAUGACCACCUGGCUCCAUGCAAACCCACAGUGCGACCCCUAUCAAGCUCCACCAAGUGCUGGUAAUGCUGUCUAAUGCGUCUAUGAGGCCUCCUCUGUGUCUGGUGAUUCGACAUUCCAGCUCCUUGCAAAUCGAAUCAUGUACAUACCUGUCUAUGGUCUGCAUGUAGCAAAUUACAUCCAAAUCAGGUAAUUAUUUCUGGGUGCAUAACUGCUAUUUUGUCACUUUGUGUGU